AUGUUCUUUGUUCGAACAGCCCGUCGAGUGGCUCCGGGUCUCCGGGCUUUCUCCACUGCCCGUGCACUGCAGUCUGAGCUGUCAUACCAGGUCUAUGGACCCGAGAGUGAGCAAGCCGUCCGCAAUCCGAUCCUGUUCCUGCAUGGACUGUUCGGGUCCAAGUUGAACAACCGGAGUAUCAGCAAAGCGCUGGCCCGCGAUCUCAAAUCAAAGCUUAUCAUUUAUCAGGACCUGCGCAACCAUGGCCAGUCCUUCCAUGCACCGGAGCACAAUUACAGUGUAAUGGCUGAAGACGUGCAAGAGUUUAUUCAGCAACAGAAGCUGGAGAAGUGUGUUCUGGUUGGCCACUCCAUGGGCGCCAAAGCGGCAAUGACGGUGGCCCUGCGCUCGCCGGAACGAGUCUCUGCACUGAUCCCCGUUGAUAAUGCCCCAGUCAACGCAGCACUCAAGAGCGACUUCCCCAAGUAUGUCCGAGGCAUGCAGCACAUCGAGAGAGAAAAUGUAUCCAAGCAGUCCGAGGCCGACAAAAUCCUCUCGGACUACGAAGAGUCCCUCCCAAUCCGCCAAUUCCUUCUCACCAAUCUUAUCCGUGCGGAAGACCGCAGUCUAAAGUUCCGGGUGCCGUUGUCGGUGAUCGGGCGGUCGUUGGAUGAAAUGGCCGAUUGGCCCUUCUCCGAGUCUGACACGAUCCAGUACGAGGGCCCAACCCUCUUCGUCCGUGGUACUAACUCCCAGUACGUGUCGGAUGACACUGUUCCUGCGAUCAAGAAGUUCUUCCCCAAUGCCGAAAUCGCCGAUGUAGAUGCAGGCCACUGGCUGAUCUCAGAGAAUCCCGAGGCAUUCCGGCAGGCGGUCGUCAAGUUUUUGGGAUCAUCUUGA